AUGUCAGAAGAUUGUUCGGCAAUAAUACCUCGUGUAGAAUAUGAUUCAACAUUUAAUAUUUUUAACGGAUUAGUAAUACCUGUUUUAAAUGGUGUUCCAACAGAAAAUUCUUCUCAAUUUAAUUCUUUCGAUGAUCUUAAACAUGCAAUUGAAACAACACCACGUUCAAAUUUAGUCAAUGUACAUUUAGUACAACCUAUUUCUACUUCUGAUUCAUAUGUACCAUCAGCUACAGUUUUGUCUGCGUAUGGGACAGACAACAAGAUAAAUUCUAUAGAUAUUCUGAAACGGUGGUUAUAUAUUUAUCAACAAUUUUAUGCACGAAAUGUUCGGGUCCUCGGAUAUGCUACCGACGGUGAUCCGAAAUAUUUGCGCGCUAUGCGCUUAGCAUCAAACUUUUUUGUUAACACUCAAACACUUGAUAUCUGUAAUGAUAAGUUAUUGUUCACCGUGAAAAUUCCAUCAACAUGGUCGAAUUGGUAUUUCUUAGGACAAUCUCAAUUGUUUAUAUUCUUGCAAGAUGGUACACACUUAUGUACGAAGAUUCGUAAUCGUGUAUUAUCUAAACAUGUACAAUUAAAAAUGGGAUUAUAUAAAGUAUCAAUCAAACAUCUUUAUGACCUCAUCAAGAAUACAAACAAGAUGGAUCAUAAUUUGUCAAAAUCUGACUUGAAUAUCCAUGAUAAACAAAAUUUUAUUUCUUGUCAACGUAUAUCUAGUGAUAGUGUAUUAAAUCUAUUAAUGAUCAAUGAUCAAUGGAAAGCUACAUACAAUUAUAUGUUGAUUUUGAAUUUGUUAAUAAUGACAUAUACACAAUCGAAAAUUUCUUUACUGGAUAGAGUAUUUUACGCUUGGAUUGUAGUUUUCUAUGUUCGAUUAUGGAGAAUAUGGUUACGUAUUACUAAAAAAAUUCGUAAAUCAUCUGUUAAAAUCAACAAAAAAUCUAAUGAACAAAGUUAUUUCAUUACAUCAAAUGCAUUGAUAUCAUUAGAAUUAAAUGCUCACUCUUUGAUUUACCUUUAUUUGUUAAUAGAACAUGAUAUUCUUCCUCAAUCAGUUGCUGAUAAUGUUCAUUUGUUUUCAUCACAACAUUGUGAGAAUAUAUUUCGUGACGCACGAUCAUUAUCAGGAAUUUACUCUACCCGAAUUAAUUUCACUAUCAAGCAAUUUCUUAAAAGAAUAGAUAAACUUAAUGCUCUUACAGAGCUCAAACAAUUUGAAUUAACAAAUGAAUACGAUAAAAUUAUUUUUCCGGUUCACCACAAAGUUAAAAGACUUAUUGAUGAUACUGGAUCGAAAAUUAAUGAGAAAAAUAUUUAUUUUCAUGUGGAUUAUGUCGAAGAAAUCAUCUUCAAAGCUUAUGAAGUAGCACAACAAAUGGCAGAAAAUGUAGGAAUGAAUGUUGAUCUAACUAGAAAUAAUCUGUUCGAUAUUCAACAAUCAUCACAAAUAGCAAAACAACUAUUAAAAUUGAAUAGUUUGACUGAAGAAGAAACACUUGUCAUUGAUGACAAAGACAGUGAUGAAGAAGAUGACGAUGAUGAAUGCGGUGGUGAUGAAGAAGAUGAUGGUCAUGAUGAACGUGGUGGUGUUGAAGAAGAAGAUGGGGAUCAUGAUGGCCAGGAUGCCGAACAAGAAGAAGAAGAUGAUGAUGAAUAUGAAUAUGACAUUGAAGAGGAGAACGAUGUAGAAGCUAAUGAUGAAGAAGAUGGUAUUGAAGAAUCAAACAACAGCAAUGAUGACCAUAUUGUAUCAGAAGAUGAUGCAAAACCAACAUCAAGUUUUGAAAACGUCCAAGCCAUAUCAUACUCAGGUGUCUAUCAAAGAAUGGAGUUUUAUCUAGAUUGUUAA